UCGCCAUGGACAUCAUCUCGCAGCUGCAGGAGCAGCUCAACGAGAUGGCCAUGGUUGCCGUCAACACCUUCGGCACGCUGCAGCGCGACGCGCCGCCCGUCCGCCUCUCCAACAGCUACCCGGACCCGCUCAACCCCAACCCGAACCCCGACGACACCUCCAACCCCCAGGCCCAGCCCAACCCCGGCGCGCCGCCCGCGCUCGAUCUCGCCGAGCACCCCAAGGCCAUGAGCCACGCUCUCGUCCUCGCCGCCAAGAAGUUUGAUGCUCUUGUAGUGGCGUUGCCACUAUCGUCAGAAGAGGAUCAGUUGAAAAGGAUCAGAGAGCUACAGGCAGAGAAUGAAAUUGUGGGAUUGGAGCUUCAGAAACAACUUGAAGCUGCUGAACUGGAGUUGAAGCAGGUUGAGGUGUUGUUUAAUGAAGCAACAGACAACUGUAUAAAUUUGAAGAAGCCAGAUUAGUAACUAUGCAUAUCCAGUGCUCAGCUGCACAUCCAUCAUCCCAGCUCAAACAUACUUGGAACUACCGAGACCUGCAACAAGAAGAGGCGCCAUGUGAACUCCCAACACUCAUAAAAAGGUACUCUUCCUUCUCCUUGCUUACUGGGGUCAGUGAUGGUGAUGAGGCCGGUGCCAUUGAAGAAGCAGUUCCAUGAGUUCCUCCCCCUGGCCUGGUAGUAGGUGUUCAUCGCCAUCGACGCCCGUGACAGCAGGCUUUCGGGGUGGGUGCAGCCUCCGGUGCCCUGGAUCUCGCCGCAGUCGCUCUCGGAGCAGGCGAA